CAGAAGCAGCGGCAUCUCCAUCCACACCCCGGUCGGCUUAACCCCAACGCCGCCGCCGCCGCCCGCCGCUCGGGGAUCGCCUGCUUUUCUCUCCGGACCACAUCUACACAGCACCACCGGUCCUUCCAAGUGAGCUCCAAUCCCCUGCGUGUAGAUGGAGAGGGUGCUCAAGGAUGACGCCGUCCAGGAGAAGGGCGAGCGCGCCAGGAUGGCAUCGUUUAUUGGGGCCAUGGCAAUCGCAGAUUUGAUUAAGACCACAUUGGGACCAAAAGGAAUGGACAAGAUCCUGCAAUCAACUGGCAGAGGGCGUAAUGUUACUGUUACAAAUGAUGGGGCUACCAUUCUGAAGUCACUUCACAUUGACAAUCCUGCUGCAAAGGUCCUUGUUGACAUCUCGAAAGUUCAAGAUGAUGAAGUUGGUGAUGGGACAACUUCUGUCGUUGUUCUAGCUGGAGAACUUUUGAAGGAGGCUGAGAAGUUAGUUAACAUGAAAAUUCAUCCAAUGACUAUUAUUGCAGGUUACAGAAUGGCUCUCGAGUGUGCCAGAGAUACUUUGCUACAAAAGACCAUGGACAACAAAGAAAAUACAGAUAAGUUCAGAACUGAUCUCAUGAAUAUUGCUAUGACUACUCUUAGUUCAAAAAUUCUUUCCCAAGACAAGGAGUACUUUGCUGAACUUGCGGUUGAUGCUGUCUUGAGGCUUAAGGGUAGCACCAACUUGGAAUCUAUUCAAAUUCUGAAGAAACCUGGAGGAUCUCUUAAGGAUUCCUUUUUGGACGAAGGGUUCAUUCUUGACAAGAAAAUUGGCAUUGGGCAGCCAAAGCGCAUUGAGAAUGCCAAAAUUUUGGUUGCAAACACUGCUAUGGACACAGAUAAAGUUAAGAUAUAUGGAGCACGGGUUCGGGUGGAUUCGAUGUCAAAGGUUGCAGAUAUUGAAGCUGCUGAGAAGCAGAAAAUGAGAGAGAAAGUCCAAAAGAUCAUAGGUCACGGAAUCAACUGUUUCGUCAACAGGCAGUUAAUCUAUAACUUCCCUGAGGAACUCUUUGCUGACGCUGGCAUACUUGCAAUUGAGCAUGCUGACUUUGAGGGAAUUGAACGGCUAGCUCUUGUUACUGGUGGUGAGAUUGCAUCAACUUUUGAUAACCCAGAGUCUGUUAAGCUUGGUCACUGCAAGGUUAUUGAAGAGAUUAUGAUUGGUGAGGACAGGCUAAUUCAUUUCUCUGGGGUUGCGAUGGGGCAGGCUUGCACCAUUGUUCUAAGAGGGGCUAGCGAGCAUGUACUUGAUGAGGCUGAGAGGUCAUUGCAUGAUGCCUUGUGUGUGCUGUCCCAGACAGUAAAUGAUACUCGUGUCUUGUUUGGAGGCGGAUGGCCUGAGAUGGUGAUGGCCAAAGAAGUAGAUGAACUUGCAAGGAAGACCCCUGGGAAGAAAUCUCAUGCUAUUGAUGCUUUCUCGCGUGCUCUGCAAGCCAUCCCAACAAUCAUAGCUGAUAAUGCUGGUUUGGAUAGCGCUGAGUUGAUCUCUCAGCUCCGAGCUGAGCACCACAAAGAGAACUGCACUGCUGGAAUUGAUGUCAUCACAGGCUCUGUUGGGGAUAUGCAAAAGCUGGGGAUUCAAGAGUCGUUCAAGGUGAAGCAGGCCAUCCUUCUGUCUGCGACAGAGGCUGCAGAGAUGAUCCUCAGGGUCGAUGAGAUCAUAACAUGUGCCCCGCGCAGAAGAGAGGAUAGGAUGUGAUUAGACACGCUGUUUCUCAAUGUAGCGGGGGUGCUUGUUACCCUAGUUUUGAGGGGUGUUAUGGUUCAAGGGCAUUCAGGUUGGUCAGAUUUCGAUUGUUUUUUGCCCCUAAACAACUGGGACUUGUUAUUUGGUUGUAACAAUCAACCUUAGGCUUGUGUUCUAGAUUCUCAUGCUGUACCGUUUGGUAGCUAAGUACGUCGCACGAUAUGCUUGUGUUAUCUGCCUCUACAUGUUUUUGCUAUUCCUUUUUUUUGGACGUAAGAAUGAGCUCGUCUUUGUUUCU